GGAUUUACAGACGAGUUAAAAGCGUGUCGAGCUGCACUUUUCAAAGACACUUGCGAAGCCGUUGAUAGCAGAGGAAGUGACGGCUACAAUCAUUACGCCUUCCCGGAGGCGACGGCCAUUGAUGUGGUUCAACCUUGCCCCCAUUCGCUUAUUGCAAAAAUCAAAUCUGCGAACUUAACGUAUCAAAUAUUUUUCCGAACACUAGAAGACGAAAAAGCGGGUAUUGAUCACGGAGCAGCAAAAGCUGUGGUGGACUUUGCGCCAGAUUUAACUCCAACGUCAUUGGUUUCGAAAGUUGUACGGGAUUUCAAGCGGUCUGGGCAUAUAAAGAACGAGGAAAAUGAUACUGAUUAUUUGUUGCAACUGGUGGGACAAAAGAGCUUUUUGACAAAAUGCGAUCAGCUGUUGAUUACAUAUAGCGAUGUACGGUCUGCAUUUGAAAACUAUCGUAACCCUCGAUUCGUUCUUCGACGAAAGGAGAUUGUUCUGCUCGAUUAUCCCAAACCAAGACCUAUACAUAAGGUUUUCUAACU